CCUCCUUGGCCCUACCCUGUCUACCAUAAACCUCCUCCCUCCCCUUCACCAUUCUUAAGCCUUGGGACUCACCCUAACCCUUUUCCCCCUUUUCCCUCCCCCUCCCCCUCCCCCUCCCCCUCCACUGCAGCGCCCAACACCCCACCCAACCCUCUCUCUCUCUCUCUCAUGGCGGCAACAGAAGUAGAAGAAGCUUCAGGGCCAGCGCUCAAAUACAAGACAUGGGUUUUGAGAGUAUCCAUCCACUGCGAAGGUUGCAAGAAGAAAGUCAAGAAAAUCCUACACAACAUCGACGGCGUUUAUACCACAGACAUCGAUCUAAAGCAGCAAAAGGUGACGGUCAAUGGAAAUGUAGACGCGCAGAUCUUGAUCAAGAAACUGAACAAGAAUGGUAAACAUGCAGAGCUAUGGCCAGAGAAAGCUCAGCAGAAGGAGAACAAAUCUGGUAAAGGGAAAAACAAAGGGAAGCAAAAUGACCCAGCAGAUAACAGCGAAGGAAGUGACCACGGUGAUAAGGAACAAGAAGAAGUACCCAAAGCUGAAGCUCCCUCAAGCUCUGCCAAAAAUAGUACUGAAGCUGCUCCUAUGCCUAAAAAUAGCGAAGGUGCUGCUCCUGCAAAAACCAACGAAGGUAACGCUCCGGCUAAAAAUAGCGAACAAGGCGGCGGCAGCGGCCCCGCCGCCGGAGGUGCUAAAAGUAGUGACGGCGGAGCAGCCUCUAAAAACGGUGGCAGCGGACAGAGCAAGGGGUCAAAAACAGAAGGGAAGAAGCCGGAUGCUCCACCGGUCGAGAACCACUCUCCGGCCCCGGCCCCGGCCCUGGCGACGGACAAAAAGUGUGCUGAAAGCGAACGCGGCGAUGACAGUCACAAAAGCAACGAUGGCAGUGGUGGUGGUAAAAAGAAUAAAAAGAAAGGGCAAAAUGGGAAUGCUGGAAAUAACAGUGAGAGUGCACCGCCCGGUGGUGCACCUGUAGGCACUGGAUCUCCCGGUCACCCUCCUAGUCAAGCCACGGUCACGGUCCCGCCUAAUCACAGCCCUCCACAUCACCCCGUAUAUCAAUACCCACCACCGUACCAUGCAACUCCGGUGUCCGUAGUCAGCUACAAUACAUCACAUUCUACUGGAAACUACAGCGCAUCGUAUUACGCUUCGCAACCCACAAAUUCGUAUUCGUAUUCGUAUUCGCAUUCUUAUACGCAUCCUGGGAUGGAAACGGAACCUCCUCCGUCAGAUUUUGAUUCGUACCCACCGCAGCCGUCCAAUUCGUUCGAGCUGUUUAGCGACGAAAAUCCAAAUGCGUGCUCCAUCAUGUAAUGGUUUUUGUGGGUAAUGGGUAUACAAUGCUUAUACUACUGGUAUGAGUGAAUGAAUAGUCACGUGCAUGUUGUGGAAUGUAUGUAUGUAGAGGUGUAAGUAUAAGUGAAUGAAUGACCGGUCACAUGCAUGUUGGAAAUUUUAAUUAAUGCCUAAGUUGUUUUUUGUAACCAA